GCAUUAACCUAAAGUACUGCAGAGAUGAAACUUAAAGCAGGAAGCAACAUACCAUGAAUGUACUGCAAGGAACACAUUUGUGUCAUGUGAAGAGACAUGACAAAAACAGCCCUCCUUAAAUUAUUUGUGGCAAUAGUGAUCACAUUCAUUUUAAUUUUGCCGGAAUAUUUCAAGACACCGAAAGAAAGAACAUUGGAGCUAUCAUGUCUGGAAGUGUGUUUGCAAUCUAAUUUUACCUAUUCACUCUCCUCCUUAAAUUUUUCUUUUGUGACUUUUCUGCAACCAGUAAGGGAAACUCAGAUUAUCAUGAGAAUCUUUCUAAAUCCCUCCAAUUUUCGUAACUUCACCAGGACUUGCCAAGACAUCACAGGUGAAUUUAAAAUGUGCUCCUCGUGUUUGGUUUGUGAGUCUAAAGGAAACAUGGAUUUUAUUUCUCAGGAACAAACAUCAAAAGUUCUUGUCAGGAGAGGAUCAAUGGAAGUGAAAGCAAAUGAUUUUCAUUCACCUUGUCAGCACUUUAACUUCAGUGUAGCUCCUCUGGUUGACCACUUGGAGGAAUAUAACACUACCUGUCAUCUAAAAAACCACACUGGAAGGUCAACAAUCAUGGAGGAUGAGCCAAGCAAGGAGAAAUCUAUAAACUACACUUGUAGAAUCAUGGAAUACCCGAAUGAUUGUAUACACAUUUCUUUGCACCUGGAGAUGGAUAUAAAAAAUAUCACUUGUUCUAUGAAGAUCACUUGGUAUAUUUUAGUUCUAUUAGUUUUUAUAUUUUUGAUCAUCCUCACUAUCCGCAAAAUACUUGAAGGCCACAGAAGAGUGCAAAAGUGGCAGAGUCAUAGAGACAAACCUACAUCUGUUCUCUUAAGAGGAAGUGAUUCGGAGAAACUGAGAGCAUUGAAUGUGCAGGUUAUUUCAGCAGAGACCACGCAGAGGCUGCCUUUGGAUCAAGUCCAGGAAGUGCUUCCCCCAAUACCAGAACUAUAAGUUAUUUCCACAGUGCAUCAGUGAGAUCAAUAUACACGAAUAUCCCCGGGCAAGUUGGACUGAGCCCUUUGAAGAAUACUCAUAAGUUUAUUUUGUGAAUGAGUAGACUAGAAAAUGUUUGUGUCCAGCUGAGGAUGCACAGUUGGAAAGCAGGAGGAAUGCUGACUGGUUGUUGAAAACUAGCUUAAGAGCAUUCAUUUGCUCCAUGAGAUCAAGGGAACAAGAGUGUUUGCAAGAAGCCAUUAUGAGUCAUGGAAAAAAAGAUGAUGAAACCCAUGGAAACAGCAAGAGAAUUCCCACUCUCUCUCUUCUUAAAAAAAAAAAAAAUCUAUCAUUAUACAGCACAGAAUGGAGCCAAGUUUUUAAUUUUGAGGAACCAAAAACAGGAUCAAAUAUGAAAACCCUUUCUUUUAUUGGGCCACAUUGUAGAUGCUGAUUUGAUAAUUGUUUCCUAUGCAGAUAGAUUAUUUUUAUUUCACAGAUUAUUUAAAAGGGAAGAGGGCCUGGUUGUUUAUUUAUAUGUUUGUUUACAUUUAUGAAUCUUGCUGCCUUUUGGCACCAGGAUGUUUUUAAAAAAAUUCAAAGAGGCCAGGCGCAGUGGCUCAUGCCUGUAAUCCCAGCACUUUGGGAUUCUGAGGUGGGACGAUCAUGAGGUCAAGAGAUCGAGACCAUCCUGGCCAACAUGGUGAAACCCUGUCUCUAUUAAAAACACAAAAAUUAGCUGGGUGUGGUGGUGUGCGCCUGUAGUCCCAGCUCCCCAGGAGGCUGAGGCAGGAGAAUCACUUGAACCUGGCAGGCAGAGUUUGCAGUGAACCAAGAUCACGCCACUGCAUUACAGCCUGGUGCAGAGCAAGACUCUGUCUCAAAAAAAAAAAAAAAAAAAAAAUUCAAAGAUACCAAUAAAACGAAUUUAAAUAAAAUACUUAAGUACUUUAAUAGCAAAACGUUUCCUUUGAUUCUUUUGGCUUUCAUAUUUGUUAUAGCCAUUGUUAAUGUCAAGCAUAAUUAUAGUUACUAAUGACAAUAAAAAAGCACAUAUAGACAAGAGGGCAGCUCUUGACAUUAAAAUAUAAAAAUGCUUUUCCAGAGUUAAGGUGGAACUUAAUCUCCUGGCCAUCAUUAUAUGGUUACAGUUGCUUAUCUGAGUUGAUUUACAGGGUUAACUGCAGGGUCAGAUUUAAUAAUCAGUGAUGGGGUUGAGGACAUGCUGCCCAAAAAUAUGGCACCUUGGCAAAUUGAAUUUUUUAAGCUGAAGGAUUUGAGAAAAUGGCAAAUUUUAAGUGGAAAUAUUACUCUGACCUUCCUUUGCCACCUUUCUCCCCAGAAGCAGGUAAUAAAACCUUUGCUGACCUUCCUCUAAAACACAUCAUAGGACCCUCAUGUGAGAGGUGCUCUUCCUGUAUCCACAGAGGAAAGGCAGUUCCCUAUCGCCCAAGACACAGGGACCCAGAGGAGAAUCUGAACAAACGGGCUCUGCUAAGUUUCCCUCCAUUUAUUCCUAUAGAUCUAGUACUCUUUUGCCUGAUCAUAUUUCUGCAAGUGUCUCUCCAUUCUUCAUCAAACCUACUACUAAAAACACUCAAGUGUAACUGUUUCCUCUGAUCUUCACUUCCUGAGGA